UCACCGGGUCCCACCCAGAGAUUCCCCAUCGGCACCCAGCUAUCGCCGAGCAUCACUGACAGGGUAGAGACCUUAACAUGCUGCUGUGUAUUUCUCUGCACAGCAGAGAAAUACACAGCAGCAUAUUUCCCUAGUAAAGCACACACAGCACACACAGUAAAACAGCACACAGUUAACCCUUUGAUCACCCCAGAUGUUAACCCCAUCCUGCCCAGUGUCAUUAGUACAGUGUCAGUGCUUUUUAUUAGUGUCAUUGGGAUGUUAGUGGAAGUUAGUCAGUUCCCCACUAAUGUCAGAAUGCCCACAGUC